CCUAACACUACGUCAAACAACGUUUAUUUAAUGAAUUUCUCAAGUUUAAAAUCUGUUUUAUUGUAUAUAACACUUGUAAAUAAUGGUGAAGCUAAUGUGAUGUUACGAGAGUAAAGGGAAAAGCAAAUACGUAUACGAUGGAGUCUGUUGAAAAUUUUGCCGCUGUUAAAGAAAAAAUCAUCAAGAUCGAUGAAGUGAUGCAAAUGUGUCUUCAGUAUAAACAGAAGUUUAUUAAAAUUCAGCAACAGAGCAAACUGAAAGUGAAAAACUUAUCGAAUGAUAUAAAAAGAUUAACAAUUGAAAAGGAUAGAAUCAACUUUUCUUUAGAUACCCUUAAGAAAAAACAUGAUGAACUAACAGAAACACACAAUCGCUUAAAGGUUGAUCAUGGGUCACUUGAGGAAAAAUAUAGUGAACAACUAUUGAAAAAUCAAAGACAUGUUCUAGAAAUGGAGGAAAAAAUUAAAGAACAUAUUAAUAAGGGAAUUGAACAGAAGCAAAAAAACUUUAAAGGUAAACUGAGUACUCUUAAUAAAUCAGAAAAUGAAAACAAAAAAGAGAUAAGUAGGUUAACAAACCUACAGAAUGAGACACUGAAAGAAUAUGAAUUAUUUAAAAAAUCAGCUGCAGAAACAGAAAAGAUUUUGAGACAUAAAUGUCAAGAACUGGAAAAUGACUUACUCCUUGCAAAGAACAAGUUAGAAAACUACUCUUGUGGAAGUUGCCACAUUCUAACAAAUGAAAUAGGUUGUCUGAAAGAAACAAUUUCACAUUUAAAACUAGAAAAUGAAUUUCUGCAGGAUUCUAAUAAAAAUAAGUUCCUGAAUCUACGAGAUCAAACCACACAGACUGACAUUCAAACAGAAAUAAAUGCUAUAAAAACUGAAUCAAGAAAUCAAUUUUGUAAUAGUCAAACACAAACAAUUGAUGUGCAAGACAAACAAACAGAAAAUGAAAGUAACAUUUGUGAUCAGUGUAUUAUGAACCAAAUGCUGAUUCCAGCAAUGCUUACACCACUUCAUGAGACUGGCUAUUUAGAAACAGAGUAUAAUCAUACUCUGGAUAUGGAUAUGGAGAUUGAAGAGCAUAUUAAUGAUUACACUGAAUUAGUUAAUGCUGAGCACAACAUAUCAUUUGGAAAUAAUAUUACUGAAGAAAAAACUGAAAAGUGUGUCAGUGAUGAAAAUAAUUUACCUGAUCUUGAUUAUUUGAAUGAUGAGAAUAAUUUGGAGUCUAUCAUGCAAUGUUGUGAAAACAAUUCAGUUUCUGACAUUGAUGUUAAUAAGCAAGAAUUUAAUGAUUGUAAGAUGUCCACAGAGACAGACCCAUCUUUGGAUAAUAUUGAAACAAUUGAGGGAAUUGAUGAUAAUUUAAACACAACAAUGACAGAUUCACAUGAUAAUUUAUUAUCACCUAAGAAAAAUAAUACUCAGUCUGAUAAGAAAGACACAGAUAUUUCAGAUGAUAGAGAAAAGAAAGAAUUGUUGAGAAGAAGGGAUCUUAAAAGAAAGAAACGAAGGUUGAUAACAAAUUUCCGUAAUUAUAAUGAAUACAGAAUUAGUAACUUAUUUUUGAAAAAUAAUUAUAACACCAAAAGUAGCAGAAGAAAUAGUAAAAAUGAUAUACUUGAUGCUGUUUUAACUCUUAAAAAGGCAAAUAUUGAUUUCACUAUUUCAAAUAGGAAUGCAAGAAGGAUUCCUAGAGGUAGUGUAAAUCAUUAUAAACUAGAAAGAAAGAAUUCUCUUAGAAAAUACAUGGAAAUACAUUCAGAAGAAAAUAAUAUUACAAAAGGACUACUUAAACAUCAAAUGUCACAUAAGAAACAAGAUCAACUGGAUCAGUUAACUAAAGACUUUCAAGAUGUAUGUGAUUCAAAAAUGUUCAACAGUAAGGACUUACUUGAAGAAAAUGAGAAAUUACAAAAAAUAAUUAAUUUAGCACAAGAAAUUGUAAAACAGAAAGAUGCAAUUAUAAAUAACAAACAACAACCAACAGAACUUAUAGCUGACAUCAAAAUUGAAGAUGAGUUGGAUGAAAAGGAUGAAAUAGUCCAAAUAGAAACAUCUCCUAAAAAUAUCAAAACAAUAACCCAGAAUUCAGCAUCACUGAAAAGUGAAAAAGAUAAAAAACAUGAAUUAAAUAGUGCUUCACAACUUGGGGAAACAAGCUUACCACUAGAAAUUAGUCAAAAUGAUGUGGAAACAUCAGUUGAAUCUAAAUGUUCAUAUUCAAAUUCACCUACAAAGGCAAUUAAUAAUAUAAGUACUGAUUCAGUAUCAAAUUUUGAUUUACAGAACCAUAGUACUCCUCAAAAAAAAGUGGAAAGGAAUCACAAUAUACCAUUAUCCACAGAAAAUUUAUCACCUGUAUCAAAUAAGUCUGAUAGUGAUCAAUCUCUCCUUGAUAAAAUAUUUAAUGAUUCCCAACUAAUUAUUCCAAAAUUGCUGAGUCCAAUUUCAGAAAGUUCUUCAAAAUGCAAAACAAAUACUACAAUUAAUAAUGUUUCAAUAGACAGCCAAAUUGUACUACCUCAUAUGGAAUGUGUGAAUUUAACUGCACUUAGUAAUUGCUCUUAUGUACAAAGAAUUGUUCAUGAACUAGAUAGUGAGUUCAAAGCUGUUAAAGAAACUGAAAAUUGUGAUUCCAUUGCAGAAAUAGUUGUCAAUGAUUCAGACAAGGAAAAUAUAAUUGAAGAAACUGAAAAUGUCAUUUCUAAUGAUAUGGAUGAACAAAUAUUUGGGCCAAGGAAUAUAAAUUUGACUAAUGGUAUAGAAACUGAAAGUCUUACAAGUGACACUAAAAGUGAAAUAGAAAACAGUUUUGAACCCAACAAUACUGAAAUUUUCAAUACUAUUUUAAACCAAUCAGCAAUUCUCUCAAACUCUGCCAUCAAAUCUUUAGAAAGUAACUUGAACGAUAGUAAAUGUUCCGAUAAUUCAUUUUUAAAGAAAAUAUUGUCGUGGAAAAACACGUCUUUGGAUGAUAAACUCGCGUGCACUCAAAUAAAAAAGGAACGAGGUAAACAAAAACAUGGCGAGAGAGAUUUGAAUGUAAAAAAGGUGAACAUAGUUCAGAACGUUGUUAUUAAACCUGCUAAUGAGAAGAAAUGUGAAGAAAAGGAAACUAAUUCAGAUAAUUCAAAAAGCAAAGAAUUAGACAUAUCUAACAUUUCAACUCAAAAUUCUGCUGAACAAUUAAAUUCAGUUGAUGAGCUUCAUGUAAUAAAAAGAAAAAGGGGUAGGCCAAAAAAAAAUAAUGUUGAAAAUUUUGCGUCUGUGAUAAGCCAUAAGGUGGAAGGUAAAGAUGGUCCUGAACAGUUAAUUUCCGUUAAUGAAGCUCAAGUAAUGAAAAGGAAAAGAGGUAGACCUCAGAAUGCGAACGACGAUGUUCAUAAAAGGAAAGAAGCUAAACUUAAACGAGAUUCAGUUUUGGGAGAGAACAAAUGUGAUAUAGAACUAAAUAAGUUAGAUAAUAAUGUAAGUGAAACAAAUUUAAUGGUUAAUUCUUCCACUAAUCUGAGUAUAAAUAAUGAAUCUAGUCAUAAAAUUAAACAAACCAUGGAUUUGGAUAGUAAAGUAAAAAUCAACAGAAUGCCAAUAUUGGAGGCCAAAGAGAGGGGUACAAAUAAAUGUAACAAAUUAAAUAAUACAUCUGAUAUGUCGGAUGUAGUGAGUGAAAUUUUAACUUUAAUGGAUCGGCCAGUGGGUCACGCCAGUCCAGAUAUUCAGUCACCUGUGAAUACACUGAUGAAUGAUUCAAAAGAAAACAGUUUCGAUUUUGAUCAUCCAAUAUCACCUGAACCACCUUGUGAAUCCUUUGAUACGCCUAGAAUUAUUCCUCUGGAAAGACCUUCAAGGAUUCCACCAGCUCAAGUCAAGGAAUUAUUUGAAAAAUUAAUAAUGUUUCCAAAUGAAAAAGAGAUUCUUGAUGAGGUUGUUGUUCAGCUAGUGGGGCAAGAUAGUGAAUACCUUGCCAAAUUAAUUUUGGUGAUGAUACUGAGGGAUCUUACUGAGAAGCCGGACAAUUCGCAAGAUCAGUGCGCACCACCGCUGACGUUGUGGCAGAAAAUCGCCGUUGGACUCAUAAUACGUCUGGAUAAAACCAAUGGUGGUAACAUCCAGGACAUUUUUUUGUCUGAUGUUCAAGCAUACAUAUUUUCAAAACGGGCGGACCUUAGGCAGACCAUAGAUUUGACGAGGACAUUCACCACUCUGUGCAGAGCACGGAAGGAUAUAAACAAAAUGAGAGUGUUUUGUUGCGAUGCUUUUUAUUUCAUGGACAAUCUGGCUGUGCCUAUCUUUUUUACAGUGCUGACGUGUUGGUCAGAGGUGAUUCCUAAUUAUAAAGAUAGUAAAGAUUAUGCCCUGGCUCGUGUUUUAGCUCAACUCUCAAUUACCAAAGCUUUCAAUAUAAAGGGUUACAGUUUAAUGUCACUGAAACGGUUACUCACUCACUUUUAUGAAUAUCCUAAGGAGUUGGAUAAUAACGAAUUUUUUAAUGACAUUUUCAACGCAUAUUCGAAAUAUCCGUCGAAAAAUAAUGAUCAAGCAAUAAUUUUAUUCUGCAAACAUCAACCAGACAAAUGGAUUUUGUCACAAAUUGAUGGAAAAUUUAAACCAUUAGUUCACAAAACCAACAGCAUAAACUUCAAGGCUACCAUAAUCGUGCUUCUUGGAAAAAUUUUUAAGAACUUCAAAGAUGUUACAUUGUUGAAUGAAACAACAAUGUGGUUAAAUUCCCUUAAAAAUGAUUUAAAUUCCGAGGUGAUUGCACGAGCAGUGAAAUACAGUUUAAUGCGCAUUUCAAGAUAACAGAAUUAUGGUUGAAAAUAAAAUACAAAUUUACAAUAAAUAAAUUAACAUUUAA